AUGGAUUUGCUUCGGACACUUAUCGUUGAUAAUUAUGAUUCGUAUACUUUCAAUUUGCUUCAGCUAUGGGAUAAAGAAGACAUUCAUAAAAACGUCGUCGUUAUACGCAAUGAUCAGUUUGAAUGGGAUUAUUUUGUAGAUAAUAUUUGUCCUCAUUUUGACAAUAUCAUUAUCUCACCUGGUCCAGGAAGACCGGAUAACGUGUCGGAUUUUGGUAUUUGCACCCGUAUUCUCCAGCUUGACGAUGUUCCAAUUCUUGGUGUUUGUUUAGGUCAUCAGGGCAUUGGCAGUGUAUUUGGUGCACAGAUAAUCCGUGCACGGAAUAUUAUGCACGGUAGACUGAGCCCUAUUUACCAUAAUGGGGCUGGCCUCUUUAAUAGAAUACCAAACCCAUUUUCAGCCGUAAGAUAUCAUAGUCUUGUGGUCAGUAACGAAGAUCUACCAAAAGAUUUAAUGGUUAUUGCAACUACUCUUGAUAACGAAGAACUAACGGUUAUGGCAUUGAAACAUGCUCGUAAACCUAUAUACGGAAGCCAUGGAACAUGUUCAUUUUCACAAAUACCCUCUCAUAUAUUAUCUUUAUCGGCAUUUCCGGCUAUAGCUGGUAUUCCACCGUCGUUAUCUCAUACGACAACGCCCUUGCAGAUAGUAUUCAACAAACUAGAUGAUGAUUGUUGGAGAGAUCCUCAGUUAAUAUUUCAGCAAAUCGUAUCAUUAGAUCAAUCUACUCUUGGAACAUGGUGGCUUGACAGUGCAAGGGAAAAUGACACUCAAUGUCAAUAUUCAUAUAUGGGAUCUACUCCGGCAUCUUCAAGCUCGUUCUCGGUCUCUUAUUUAACGAAAACCAAGCAACUCCAACUGGCAUGCUCCAAUGGAAGACUUAUGUCAAAACCGCUUCUUGGUUCAACCACAUUUUGGGAUUGGAUGACAGACAUUACGAACAAACUCAAUAGCCGGAUUAAAAGUACUGUUGUCAUGAAUAACAAUCAGAUUAUUUGUGAUACAAUCCCAUUUGAUUUCCAUUUGGGCAUGGUUGGAUUUUUUGGAUACGAGAUGAAAAUAGAGUCACUGCCCGGAUAUGUGGUACCUAGCAAACAGCAAGUAUCAAACCACAAACCAGAUGCUGCUUUUAUAUUCGCCACCCAGGCCGUAAUAUUUGAUCACCGUGAAAGAAAUAUAUGGCUAGGUUGUUUGAUACGUCAGAACGUUGAGGAGUACAUUUUAGAUGAUAUUGAGCAGGAAGUAGGAAUAAACAUCGGAAUAUCGAUGGAAGAAUGUAUGUCAUGGUUUCGACGUAUGGACACAAAAAUACGCGGCUUGAAAAAGAAUCUCGAAACAUCUGAAGCUAUUGCAAAAGCCGAGAAAGAAGAAACCGAACCAAUAACUCCCCAUUUAUUUCCAUCUUUCGCAGCAGCACCUUCACAGACUGCCUUUACUCCAGUCUUACCUUCGCGAACUUACAUUCAGCAAAUCAAAAAUGCUCAGUCGUACAUACAAAGCGGCGAAAGCUAUGAACUUUGCUUGACUACACAAUUUCGUCACACGCUCACUUCUCGCUUGCCUAACCUCCUUGAUCUAUAUUUAUACCUUCGGACACACAAUCCGGCUCCCUUCUCUGCUUUACUGAAUUUCACCGUAGACAAUUUGGCUAUAUUAAGUUCAUCACCAGAGAAGUUUAUUGAAGUCAAUAGACUAGGAGAAGUUGAAAUGAAGCCUAUAAAAGGAACAAUGGCAGUAGCAAAGGGAUGUUGGUGCGAUGAUAAGGAAAAUUGUGAUGGUGGAAUUAAGUGCCGGAAAGGGGCAGAAAGAGAGAACAAGAAAAGAGUACGAGAGCUUGAUAGCAGUGUUAAAGAACGAGCCGAGAAUUUAAUGAUCGUUGAUUUAAUACGAAAUGAUCUUGCCCAGAUAUGUUUGCCGCAUACAGUAAAGGUACCAAAAUUGAUGGAGGUUGAAUCUUAUGAGACUGUACAUCAGUUAGUAACGACAGUAUGCGGACAGCUGAGAGAUGAAAUCGACAGUGUUACUGCCAUAAAAUGUUGCUUCCCACCCGGCUCAAUGACCGGUGCCCCUAAGCUCCGCAGCGUUCAGCUUUUGGAUAAGUUAGAGUUUUACACUCCUCGUGGCGUAUACUCUGGCUGUCUUGGCUAUAUAUCUCUUCCCUACAUCACACGGUCUAACCAAUAUAGACAGUUUACUCGAGGAACGGCUAAAUUUUCUGUUAUUAUCCGGACUGUCGUAAUCAAUUCCGGAACAGAAGUCUCUGUCGGUGCCGGAGGAGCAAUUUUGCAUUUAUCGGAUGCAAAGGAAGAGUGGGAUGAGGUGCUUGUUAAAUCGCGUGCGGUUAUUCCAAGUGUUCUGAAAUAUUUGAACGAUAGAGUCUUUUCCCAGCCACAGUUACUUCAACAAUGGUCGAGUGGUUGA